AUGGCUUCGCCAAAGAGAAAGCAGGACUCUGUUGAGCCCACUGUUGAGACCUUCAAUGGAGAAAGCCACGAAUCGAUCAAAGCACCUACAAGCUCAACCUCGGUCGACCUGGACGACACUGAACCAGACCGCAAACAAGCGAGAGCCACAAAGAAAUUCAGGACUAAUGUUAUUGCCCCAUUGGAAGUGUCGCAGCAGAAUCGUGAUAAUUUUGGCACUGCGACACUUCAGCGCCCGCAGCGGAGCAAAAGGCCUCCAGAGAGAUACCAAGACAACACUGUGCUUCUAAAGGCCAACCCAAGGAGGGGACAGAAGCGUCCCUCCUCUGCGAAGCGCAAGCUGAGCCAAAAUUCAACUUCACAAAAGCCAUCAACACGUAGCACGCUGCCAAAGAGUCGGAACAAGUAUGGCUUUCUACUCAAUGGCAAAACCAGCACUACAGCGGACGAUGUCCUCGAUGACAAAAAAUAUUCGUGUAUUGUCUCCCAUAAUGUUGGCUCUGAUCACUUGGAUCGGUUGGCAGCUCCACAAGAACAAGAUGUCCCACUCCCUUCGACACUGACUCCUGCACCUGCUGAGGGGGGCGCCCCACCCGAUCACGAUGAGAGUAAUCCUGCAGCACCGGAUCAGAAACCAAUGGCGAAAUGGGCUCCACACACUCCUAGAGAUAGUCCUAAAGCUACGGCAGAUGAUGAACGCGAUAUUAUCCGUACACCUCAAUGGGUGAUAUCACAGGCGCAUGAGCAGCCCGCCGCACCUCUUACUCCAACAUCUGGCCCGCGUUGCAAUGUCUCGAAACUUCUUCUGCCAGAGCUUUCCAAGGGUGACUUGCUGCGAUCACCUCCCUCAAUCGUAGACUCGGAAGCAACGACCGUGUACGAAGACGUUCCAGAGCCCUCGAUUGAAACAUCAGAACUUGAUCAACUUCGCGCUCUUGCCGAGCGACUUACACGCCGCGAAGUAGGCAAGUCCAAACCAUGUCCUGCCGGUGUACCCGAAGUAUGGGCAGAUGGUCGUCAAGAGCUCUGCGAGACCCUGCAUUACUAUCGUGCGUACCAGAGCGCGUGUUACUCCACUGGCGGUUUUGUACGAGGCUUCAUGUUUGAUAAGGUCGCCCACCCUCGCGACUACAUCGAUAGCAAUGUCGUCAUCUCAAGAGCAGGCGGUGGCCAGAUGAAAGACAAGGAUACGGGCGAACUGAGAAUGGGGAGAGAUCAAGUUGAGGAUUCUGUUGCACAAAAUCUUCGCAACUGCAAGAACCACUACAACCCAGUGGUCAUCAUAGCUGGUGUCGACAAUCCACACUUCCCUUCGCAGUCACCGCAUCAGUAUUGCGUAAUGGACUACUUUAAGCCAACGCACAUUUGGUUCGAAAAGGAUGGCAAGAGCAAGAUUGUGCGCUAUCGAUUCGAGAAGCUCAACGCAAAGAAGCAGUCAUGGUGGCGACCGGAAGACUCUGACGAGCUUGUGGAGCUCGACUCAUUAUCACCGCCCAACAAGCAGACUUGUCAUUCUUGCGGAAGGCCGUCUACUCAGAUAUAUCUCAACGGCUGGAUGUGUCUUCAACCUUCUUGCAGGAAUUUCUGGAAGAUCCGCAACCGCAAACAAUACAAUGAGCCAGAGCAGGAGUCGCUCAUUUACGAUCCGCGAUUCUUGAAGCAGAAGACCCUAUGGCCUAACGACGACCACGAAUACUCACUCACGUCGAACAAGGUAGAGCUCUCGGGUCAUGCUAUCCCUGGAGAAGACACCUCGCAAGCCUUCUGGCUCGGGAGCGUUUGUCCAGAUUGUGGACGCUGUAACUCACGCCUCAGCUGGAUGGGCUGGCAAUGUGGCAAUCCAGCUUGCAGCUUUCGAAAAGCACCACCACACACACUCAUCCCCGCACUUUCACUGCGUGAACCCCUCUGGCCUGUGACAAGCAGCUAUACUCUGUCCCGAGAUAUCCAAUCACCCCUGAUCAGCGUCCGCGUAACUUUUACCCAUGGGUACCGCAUCAAUCGCUACAGUAUCCCCGGCAUCAAUGGCUUCAUUACGCAUAUGAUUGCCAACAAGACUGUUCUUGAGGAAGCAGGUGGUCCGGAUUCCAUGUUCGAAGAGCUGCAGCAAACAGAUAUUGGAUUGCGUCGCCACCCCAUGCCAAACGGGCAACUUAAAGGCGCCAAUCACUGCCGCCACUUCACAGUCAACUACGGCAUGCCGUACAAAUUCAUCGCAGCCACCUCCUCACACUCUUUCGACAACGCCGCCCGCCCCAUCACCGCAACCCGGAGCCGCCUCAACUGGGCAGCCCAGCUUCUCCACUCCCAAGAACCAGAGACGACAGCAGAACCCGAGCCCAGCAGCCCAGGAGCAAAAGACACGAUUCCAGACGGUGAAUUCAACGAAGUCCUCGCCCUAGGCUACUUUGAAUCGCAAAAAAUCAACUUCCACGACGACGGCGAAUUCGGUCUCGGACCCACCAUUGCUACCCUCUCCCUCGGCGCCCCAGGCACAAUGCGCAUCCGCAUGAAAUCCCGCCACUACAACGGCGUCUCUGCCUCUGGCAUCUACGACGAUGCGCCCCCGCUCCCCGGUUGUCGACAGUACGAGGACCGAGCGGCGCUGCAGCCCGGUCUCGAGGCGCUCCGGCGCGCAGACCCAAAGGCGUAUACCGCGCGGCGCAAGCAGAUUCCCAGGGAGUUGGGGCUCACGGGCAAGGGGAACGCAAAGGAGGUGUUGAGUAUGCAGCUUGCGCAUGGGGAUGUCGUGGUUAUGCAUGGCAGGGAUGUUCAGCGGUACUAUGAACAUGCUGUGGAGCAUGCGGGCAAGUUGAGGUUUGCACUGACGUGUCGGUAUGUGGAUCCUGAGUCUUUGCAGGGCGCGGAUAGGCCGGGGUAUGAGGUUGGGCCGGAUGGGGGUGGGUAUGAUGGGUCGGGGUUGGUGUGA